CCCGUCCCGACGCGGGCCAUUCAGCACGCAGCACUGCGCAGCACUCCAACGGAGCCACCGCCACCAUGGUUGUCGCCAGUGUCGCGCUCGUCGGCGUGGUGGUCGCCCUGGCGUACGCCUGGCUGUGCGUCGCCUUCCGGGAGCGACUCGCCCUCGCGCACAAGAUCCCCGGGCCCUACGUGUACCCCGUCAUCGGCAACCUGUACCUCUUGUGGCACGCGGUGCGGGGCUUCGACUGGGUGUUCCAAGAGGCGUGGCGACGGUCGGAGCACUACCCGCGGAGGGUGGCCAAGAUCAUGGCCCUGCACAGAGUGGCGGUCGCGGUGUGGAGCCCCGAGGACGUGGAGGUGAUUCUCAGCAGCGCGCAGUGCAACGAGAAAGCCAAGGAGUACCGUUUCUUCCAGCCAUGGCUCGGCGACGGCUUGCUCAUAAGCAAAGGUGACCAUUGGCGGUCCCACCGGAAACUGAUCGCGCCCACGUUCCACGUGCACGUGCUCAAGCAGUUCGUGCACCUGUUCCACCGCAACAGCGAGAUGCUCUGCCGGCGCCUGGAGGCCGUCACGGCCAGGACCAUCGACAUCCACGACUACGUGGCCGAGGCCACCGUCGACAUGCUCCUGGAGACGGCCAUGGGGGUGCGCCGCGAUACGCAGAAGAACACCUUCGAGUACGCCAUGGCGGUAGUCAAGAUGUGCGCGGUGCUCCACCGGCGCGCCCUGAGCCCCUGGCUGUGGUGGGACUUCCUGUUCGGACUGUCCGGUGAGGGCAGAAAACAGCGCCGGCUGCUGGACACCAUCCACGACCAGACCAGAGAGGUGCUCCGGGUGCGCCGGGCGGAGCGUGCCAGCGGGCUGCGCGACGCGCUGUACAAGCGCGCCCUGGCCGAGGACGCGGACGCCCUCAGGGCGGACGCCGCCGCCAGGAACCCCGAGGAGACCGGCAUCUCGUACGGGCAGUCGGCGGGGCUCCGGGACGACCUGGACGACGAGUACGGCCUCAAGAAGCGCGUCCUGUUCCUGGACCAGAUGCUGGACGCCGCCGACGACGACAACGCCCUCACUGAGAAGGAGGUGGAGGAGGAGGUGACCACCAUCAUGUUCGAGGGCCACGACACGACGGCCGCGGCCAGCAGCUUCUUCCUGUGCCUGAUGGGCGUGCACCGCGACGUGCAGCAGCGCUGCGUGGCCGAGCUGCGGGAGAUCUUCGGGGACUCGGACCGGCCGCCGUCCUUCCAGGACACGCUGGAGAUGAAGUACCUGGAGCGCUGCAUCAUGGAGACGCUGCGCCUGUUCCCGCCAGUGCCGCUCAUCGCGCGGCACGUCAGCAAGAACGUCAGGCUCGCGUCCGGCUACGUGGUCCCCGAGUCCACGACGGUGGUGAUACCGCCGUUCCUGCUGCACCGCGACCCCGACAUGUUCCCCAACGCGGAGCAGUUCGACCCGGACAACUUCCUGCCCGAGCGCUGCGGCGACAGGCACUACUACGCCUUCAUCCCGUUCAGCGCGGGGCCCCGCAGCUGUGUCGGGAGGAAGUACGCCAUGCUCAAGCUCAAGAUCCUCCUGUCCACCAUCCUGCGCAAGCUGGAGGUGCACGCCGACGUGCCGGAGAAGGACUUCAAGCUGGUGGGCGACAUCAUCCUCAAGAGGAAGGAGGGCUUCCCCUGCCGCUUCGUCCCCAGGAAGAGGCCCUCCAGGACGGGCAUGGCGGGGUAGAGGCGAUACACUCGCCGAUCGACCUGACGAUGGAAACUCCCCGCUGCACAACAAACACACUCAGAAGGAGCGACUUUGAGACGACGCUGCCUGAGAGUGUGUGGACGGACUCGACUCUAGCUAUUCAAUUGACGCGACUGCAUCUGAACCGGUUCCGCAUUGUUUACCUGUUGAGCAGGGACACAAUAAACUUAUUUAAUUUUA